UUGCUGUGAAACCUCUUCAUUCGCUGUUAGUCCUGAUAGUAACUGCAUUUGUCACAGAGGUAAAGGGGAAAAAAUGCAAAAUAUGACAACAACCUUCCCAGUCUAUUGCUUGUUGUGUCUUUGCCUGCAACCCAGAGAUGAUGACAUUCGCAGUGCUAGUGAAGGUGGCUCAACCCUCAAAGCGAAAAUGUAAAAUGUGAGCAAGGGAUGUCCUCACAGUGCGGUAUCCUGACAGUGACUGGGAGACGCUGCUUUUACCACAGAAACAACAAGAUACAAGGUUUGUUCUGCACAGUGAGCCUUACACCUGUUACUGGAGAGGAUUUCUCUGCCUGCUCCCAGGAGUCAGAGGUAACUGACAGAUGCCAAAAAAAAUGGGAAUAAUGAGUGAUGAAUCGUGGAGAACAAAAAGCUUUUAAACUUGAAAAUAACAUCACAGAAAGAAUGCACAAAUAAACACUUGUGAAACAGAGUAUCUUUCCUGGCCUGGGGAUGUUUAACCAGAACAGUAUGGGAAAUGGAACUAUCAGAGCCCCAAAAAGGGAGGACAGUUGCCUCUUUUCUAGGAGGCGUGAGCACUCCUCUGGGGCUUUUAGCAAGUUACAAGAGACAGUGUUACUUCUGGAAGAAGAACUGAAGCAGAGAUGGAAAGAGCUCCAAGAAAAGGAUGAAAAAAUUCUGCAGCUGGAGAAGGAACUGGAAGUGAAAGUUAUUCAGAUAGACAAGCUGCAGGAUGCUCUUGGAUAUAAUGUUACUCAAACGUCCCCAAAGGGCAGUCAAAAAAAGAAGCUUCUUAGUGUUAUUAACCAAGGGCCUGCUCAAAACAAUGAGAAGGCAGCAGAGGCCCACAGGCGUCAGAAAGCCAAGGAAGGAGUGUCAGCAGAGCCAACUUCAAGGCAUUACUACAACCCUUCUUCUCAGAACCCUGAUGUCACCUGCGUCAGGAAAGAUUCCAGUGCCAAGAAGCUAAUCACGGGUGCCAUUAUGAGUAAUGACUUUUUAAGGCAGCUUGAGGCUUCACAUGUCAGGUGUAUGGUGGACUGUAUGUAUGAAAGAGUGUAUAGUAAGUCACAGCUUGUUAUUCAAGAGGGGGCAGCUGGAAACCAUCUCUAUGUCCUGGCAGAUGGUUUGCUUGAUGUUAUUCAGAACAGCAGGUUGCUUGGGCAGAUGCAUCCUGGGACUGCUUUUGGAGAACUGGCCAUUCUAUAUAACUGCAAAAGGACUGCUACUGUGAAAGCUGUGACCGAUUCAAAAAUCUGGGUCCUGGACAGGCAGGUUUUCCAGAACAUUAUGAUGAGUUCAGCUCAGGCCCAACACCAAGAAUAUUUCAGCUUCCUUCGCAGUGUUUCUCUUUUAAAAGACUUACCUGAAGAAAAGUUAUCCAAGAUUGUGGACUGCCUGGAAGUUGAUUUUUAUGACAAAGGGGAUUAUAUCAUCAGAGAAGGAGAAGAGGGUAACACCUUUUUCAUUAUUGCCAAAGGAAAGGUGUGUGUUACACAAGCAGUGGAAGGAUCUCAGGAACCACAAGAAAUCAAGACUUUGGGAGUUGGAGACUAUUUUGGAGAGAAAGCAUUGAUUAGUGAGGAUGUUCGUUCUGCCAACAUCAUUGCUGAAGAGGAUGACACGCAGUGCCUUGUCAUUGACAGAGAUACCUUCAAUCAGAUGGUUGGAACUUACCAAGAGCUACAGACAUACCUUCGGGAGUAUGUCUUCCAGCUUGCACUCAAUGACCAUGAUAGAAGGAAUGCCAGAAGAAAAAGCCUUCAUCAUUCAAUGUCUCGAGAUAAUUCAGAGGUCAACCAACUGAGAGAACUAGUUUCUAAAUUCUCCAGCACAUCACCAUUCCGAUACUUGGAUGUCAUAACUACUCUUGGAACAGGAGGAUUUGGACGGGUUGAGCUGGUGAAACUCAAAGAUGAAGAUAUGACUUUUGCACUGAAGUGCAUUAAAAAGAAGCAUAUUGUAGAUACACAUCAACAAGAACAUGUAUACUGGGAGAAAAACAUUUUACAACAAAUCAACUGUUCCUUCAUCAUCAGGCUCUACAGGACUUUCAGGGAUGCCAAAUAUGUUUAUAUGCUUCUGGAGGUGUGUCUGGGAGGGGAGCUCUGGAGCAUCCUGCGGGACACUGGUCCAUUCGAGGAAGGAACAGCAAGAUUCUGCACUGGCUGUGUUCUCGAGGCUUUUGAUUACUUGCACAAUCGAGGCAUUGUCUACAGAGACCUAAAGCCUGAGAAUCUUCUUCUCGAUUCCGAAGGAUACAUAAAAAUGGUAGACUUUGGGUUUGCUAAAAAGAUUGGACCAGGGAAGAAGACUUGGACAUUCUGUGGGACACCUGAAUAUGUAGCUCCAGAAAUAAUUAUGAACAGAGGACAUGACUUUGGGGCAGAUUACUGGUCACUUGGAAUACUCAUCUAUGAACUACUAACAGGAAGUCCACCCUUCUCUGGAACAGACCCAAUCAAAAUUUAUAACAUGGUGUUGAAAGGUAUUGAGAAAGUAGACUUCCCUCACCGUAUUGGGAGACGCUCUGAAGAUGUCAUCAGAAGGCUUUGCAGGAUAAAUCCUGCAGAAAGAUUAGGAAAUCGUAAAAAUGGCAUCAGUGAUAUUCGAAAGCACAAAUGGUUCCAAGGAUUUAAUUGGGAAGGACUCCGUAACCGAAAGCUGCUGUCUCCAUUAAAGAGAGAGAUCAAAGGAAUCACAGAUCACAGCUAUUUUGACAAUUUUCUUCCUGAAUCCGAAGAACCACCAGAUGAGCUAUCGGGCUGGGACAAAAAUUUCUAAAAUGUAUAUGGUCCUCCUACUAUUUUGCUGCUAUGUCACUGCUGAUUACAAUCUGACAUCUUUAUCUGAGAUCUCUGGACAAAACCAAAACCCAACAGCAAACCCAGCAUUUAAAGAUAAUUCCAGCAAGGCAUGAUUUUUUCAUAUAAAACACAAAUCUUUCAGAUGAUUAUUUUUUUCAAUAAUUUGUCAAGCAGUUGAGAAGGUGUUAAUGAUGUGACAAUAGAACAGAAAGAUGCAACAUCUUCUUCUGUUCUGUAGCUUCAUUAUAAAUGUCCAGCCAUGACUCAGAAGAUGCAAAAUGAUCUUAAUGGCAACCAUUUUGUAUUUGUAUUUGGAAAGGACAUAUUCUCAGGAGCUCUUUUAUUCUCACCCAUAGAGAUGAGUAACGAUAAAUUAAAGCAAAGCUUUAUGGGGUCUUCUGCUUUAUGACGGGUUGAAUUUUAAGAAACAUUUGAACAAAACACCUAUAAGAUUUGCUGAAUGUACUGUAUGUGAGACAUUUGCUAAAGCAAAAAGCAGAUUAUUCUCGGGGGGCUCUUUUGUACCAAAAGGAAGAUUUUCUUCAUAGGUGUUUUGCACUUCCCUACAGAGAAAAUUUUAUAGAUGUACCUCAGUAUCUGUUCUUUUCUUUGCACACAACUGAUAUGUUAAAGGGUAUGUUAGUUCACACUGUUCUAUCUUAAACCAAGCACUGCAGUUAUAAUCUAACACUGCCUCUUGGUUCCACCCAGAAAGUAUAAAAUGCCCACAUGCAGAGCAGGAUUAGUGUAGAGCAUAUGAUUUCUGGACAUUCAAAGUCACUACCCUGGGCUUCCAUACCUCCAUUCCAUUUGAUAUGUGCCUUUUAGACUAGGUUUCCAUAACUGAAAAAGCAGUUACAUAAGCAGUUUUCUCUUUUCCUACAUUCUCAAACACGUAUUAUUACAUACACACAUUAUAGCUCAUUUUGGUCCUACAAAAAUCAUGAAAUCAAAUCAAUGGUACCCCACUGAGUCCUGAAAACUUGUGAUUUUGUAACCUUUUAACAUUGAUUUUAGUAUUUUCAUCUAUAUAUCACCAAAUAUAUUAGGGUUCAUUUAUCAUUCCCCAGGGUGCAAGUGGUAGGAGAGUGAAGGGGUGCAGGAGGCCGACUGCAGCCUUUUUUUGCUUUGAAAAUAACCCCCCAUCUCCUUGUGCACCAUAACCCUAAAGGGCCAGCUUCUCCCCAGCUGACGCCUAAUUAUCAAGCUUUAGCAACUGCUAAAAAAAGAAAAAUCGCAGUCUUUGGGUUGUCCUACCACACUAUGUAUGAAAUUAAAGGUUUUACUCAUUUUCAAAAUAGGGGCAGAGGACACAUUUCAAAUUAUUUAACUAAACCAAUGGCAAAUAUGGUUACAUUCAUGAUUCCCAUUUUGUUACAGUAAAUUCUUGGUAUGCUAUUAUAUUUAGGUUUGUAUUAUGGUUGUAUAAACAUAAUAUCACAGUUACAUUUUUUAAGGCUUUAUUGCAAAGUCACAGAAUAUUUUUGGGAACCCCAUUUAUUCAGUCUUGCUUGCCACGUUGUUUAAAAUGAAAGAAUUAUAGUGAAAAUAAGUUCUCCUUAAAAGUCAGAAUUUUUUACUGAAUUUGCAGUUACUCACCUCAAUAUACAAUUAUAACUUAAACCUCUAGCACAAGCCCCACCAUUUCUUAUAUCUUCCUUGGUCUCUUUAAGUUAAGUGCUUAACGACCAAGGCAUCCUAUGGACCCUGCACCUUUGUGGCUCUUCUUCAUAGGCUGCACAGCUGAUUUUAUACAUUGUACUAGGGAUGCAUGGAAUCCAGGAUUAGGUUUGGGAUUCGGCCAAGAUUCUGUCUUUUUCAGCAGGAUUCAGAUCCAGCCAAACCGGAUCCUUUAAAUCACGUGACUUUUUGCACAGAAAUGUGGAAGUUUAAAAUGUUUCACAAAAUGUUGCAAAGCACAUGCAAAUUAGGAUUAGGAUUCGGUUCUGUGUUCGGCCAAAUCUUUCACAAAGGAUUUGGGGUUCGGCAGGAUUCCAGAACAGUGAAUUUGGUGCACCCCUACAUUGUACAUCAUUCAUUUUUAACAAACACAACAUUUAUGUAACAAUAACAUACAGAAUAUAGCUCAGGCACACACACAGUUGAGAACAUCUUUUUGUCUGUUUAGGCCACCCUUGAUUAAUGUUAUCACGGUAUAAUCUUACAGGAAAAAAGUCAGAAAUGGUGUCUGGUAAAUAUAAUUCUAGUUUUGUAUGAACAGUGCAUCAAAGGGAAACUAUAUUUUAGUUUUGUAUGUACUAGGCAAGAGGAAUUUUCAUAUCUAUGGUCUCUCAUUUUCCCUUUCCCAAUGCAUCCUGGUGUACUGUAUAGGCAGAGCUCUUCAUCCUGUCGUUCCAUAGAUGUCGCUUCACUCAGGGGCAUGACUAUAGGAGGCCCAGUGGGGCACUGACUGAUUAGUAGUUUCAGUUUACAAAAAAAUAUAUAAUUCCAUAAUUAGGGGAGCCUUGAAAUAAUUUGGCUGUGAAGCAUAGUAACAACUGCAAUACAUUGAAAAACAAUACCCAAUAAUAGCAACCAAUCAGAUGAGUCUUGGCAUUGCACUUCAGCAAAUAUAAAGCCAAUUACAAUGGGGGCAUGGCAUCUGUUUCAGGAUCCACACCCAUUCAAUAGGUGCCAACUGGACAACUUGAUAAGAGUUUGAACAAUGAUCUUUGAGACAAUGAAUGGAGCUAGUCCCUAGGCCCUAGUUAGGUUGUUAAAACAGUGUUAUUGUCAUUGAAACUCAGUGCAAGUCAGAAAGUGGUUAGAUUAAAUUGUCAGUUUAGGUAGUUAACCUAUAUGUGCACUACUUUGUAAAUUUGAAUAGGUGAAUUUCAUUUUCUAUAUCUAGAUGACAAAUCAAUGCUAAGAAAGAAUCAGAUUCUUUCUAUGGUCUGAUCACAAGUUAUGAUGUUUACAGGGUGGGAAAAAGUAAAAUCUGGCCAAUGACAUGUUUAGGUGGAGUCUCAAUUUGCCAAUAAUAUACAGCAGAACAUUACAUUUGUCUGGGGUUGAAGAUGUUUAUUGUAAUUUAUAGAGACCCCAGUGACACCUACCACAUCCUUCAGUGCUUGAUGAUUUCCAGUGUUUAGAGUGUAGCAGAUGGAUUAAAACUGUGUGUUUAGCCAGUGUGCUGUGAAAAGGCAGAAAAAUAUCUGAUUGCUUAUGCUGUGUUUGGCUGAAUGUGCCAACAGUGGAAAAAAAGAACAUAAACACAAACUUGUCAUGCUGAAGAAAAUGCCUUGAUUACCCUAUUAGGUUUCCCUUCAUUCUCUACUCAAUAAACAUUAGGUUUUAGAAAUCUGA